AUAUAACCCCGCUCUCUGCUCCACGGCUCGCUCGUUGCGAAUUCGAAAUUUCGAUCCCCUCCGCAUCCCAGUCCUCCUACCGCGAAACGCAGCAGCCUAGGCGGCCAGGAUAACCACCGCCUCCUCCGGUGGGCGCACCCCGCCAUGAGCGCGGCGCCCGCCACCGGCCCGCCGCCGGUCGAUGGUGGCGGCGGCCGCCGCGUCGAGAUGGGUAGGGAGCUGGCGCACCCGCCAAAGGACGGGGUCUCCAACCUCCGCUUCUCGAGGAGCAGCGACCGCCUCCUCGUCUCCUCCUGGGAGAAGACGGUGCGGCUCUACGACGCUCGGGCCAACGAGCCGGUGGGGGUGGUGCUCACGCACAAGGGCCCCGUGCUGGACUGCUGCUUCCACGACGACGACUCGGGGUUCAGCGCCUCCGCCGACCACGUCGUGCGAAGGCUGGCGUUUAUUGCUGAUAGCAGUUAUCGCUUGGGAAGCCAUGCUGGUGCAGUUUCCUGUGUGGAGUACUCCUACGACCAAGGGCAAGUUAUCACUGGCAGCUGGGAUAAGACUAUAAAGUGCUGGGAUCCAAGAGGUGUUAAUGGGCCGCAAGAGCAUGCACUUAUUGGGACACAUAACCAACCUGAACGUGUAUACUCACUUUCAUUAGCAGGAUAUAAGUUGGUUGUUGCGACAGCAGGAAGGCAUGUGAUUGUUUAUGAUUUGCGCCGUAUGUCUGAGCCUGAGCAGCGAAGGAUGUCUUUCCUGGGUUAUCAAACACGCUGUGUUGAGUGUUAUCCAAAUGGAACUGGAUUUGCUUUGGGUUCUGUGGAAGGACGAGUUGCAAUGGAUUUCUUUGAUCAAACUGCAGCUGGUCUCUCUAAGAGGUAUGCUUUCAAGUGCCAUCGAUUGAAUGAGGGCGGACGAAUAGUUGUAUGUCCUGUCAAUGCAAUUACAUUCCACCCAAGCUAUGGAACGUUUGCCACCGGUGGAGCUGAUGGAUUUGUAUACACUUGGGAUGGAGAAAGCAAAAAGAAGUUGUUUCAGUACCCCAAGCACGAAACUAGCAUUGCUGCGCUGUCUUUCAGCAGGGAUGGCAGUCUGCUCGCUGUUGCAUCCAGUUACACUUACGAAAAGGGAGAUAUAGACCAUCCGCCUGAUAAGAUCUUUAUCCGCGACGUCAACGACCUGGAAGUAAAGCCGAGGCGCGCGACAAAUCUUGCACCGCCACAGUAGGGUCGCCAUCAUCUUUGAGAUGAAGUACUGCCGAGUGAGGUGUGUUUUCUUCAACAGGUUGCUUGUUCCCGCUUUAGUUCUGAGGCUCGCUGGGGGUAUAUUGGGACGCGUCUGCUUAGUCUUGGCUGAAGCUGUGGAUUCUGUUGAUAUGAACCUGGCCUAUGCUCCAUUACAGUAAUACAGUCAGUGUUAGGAUUACUGAUAUACUAGCAGUCCGGUUGUAUAGCAUAUGAACACUCCGAAGAAAGUUGUAGUCCCACGAGGAUAAAUCACUAUAGUUACCAUUUACACCAAAGAUGCAAAGUUGUAGUCUCUCGACAAA